GGUCUAUUCAAGAGAGAGAAAGAAAAUUACCAGCGGUGGACAGAUCCACAAUUGCAUUCUAUCGAUAUAUUCUAGUUGUCCAGGUGAUACUCACUGAAAUCUAGGUCCAGACUAAGCCCCUCAGCCUUGAGAGCCUCCAUCCGAUCCUUGAAGCCAGGCGACAUCUCUGUACGUCCGCCCGGAACACACACACUCUUCAAACGAGAGACCGGAGCGUCAGCGGGGGCCUGAUCAUCGCUCCACCAGCGGGACCGGACGAACUGCUCGAAGAGCCGCGCCGAGUAUGCCUCCACGUUGCCGUCCCACUCGAUCUCCUCGAGGGCGGGCAGCAGCGGGGGCGACGCGUCCCCCGCGUCGUACACAAGCGCCGCGAACACACGGUCCUUCGACGCAUUGCCCUGCGGCCCGAGCUCGAGCAUGCGCAGCGCCGGCGCGGCGCGGAGGAUGUCCAGGAAGUCCUCGUCGCUGCGGACCUGCAGGCCCGUGAGAGAGAGCGCGUCGAUGUUCGGGCUGCGCGCCUGGAAUGCGGCGAACGCGGCCGCGGGCCAGAGCGCGGGCAGCCGGCCCGGGUCGAUGUCCCAGAACACCCAGUCCCAGAACACCCAUUCCAUCUUGAGCGACUUGAGCGCGGGGAACGCAAAGUGGGCGAGGAGCGCGCCGAAGCCGCCAGAGGGGUCGUCGGGGAGCUCCGAGUCGUCGUUCGCCUCGAAGGUCAGCGAGAGCAUCUGGAGCUGCGCGAGCGUCGAGACGCUACUGUCGCCGGGGCCAGGCCCGGGCCCGUCCCACGCGUACUUGGUCGUGAUAUCGGCGUGCUGCAAACUAGCGCACGCCGCCAACGCGCGCAGGCACGCACACGGGGACGUGUCCUGCAGCAGCACCGCCACGAGCUGCGCGUACGGGAGCCGCAAGUGCGCGAGGACCGCGCGGCCCUCCAUCACGAUGACCGUCUUCAGCAGCGGCGCGGCGCCGAACGUCGUGAUCGCGCGCGUCGGCGGGUCGUGCACCACCAGCGCGAGAUGCACCAGCUCCCGGCACGUGGCCGCUGGCAGCUGCCCCAUGCGCCCCAGGCGGUCCACCAUGAUGCGCACGGAGCGCCACCGUGCGGCCGUCUGCAGCGCGAGCGCCAUCCCCGGCGCGCGCGCGUCGUCCCCGCCACCUACGAUGCCCGUUAUCUCAGUUAUCGAGAUGGGCAUCGGCGCCGAGCGCUGCGCGACCAGGGCCGCGACCUCGGGGCUCGCGACAUCGCGCGUGUGAUUCAGCUGGAUCAGGAGACGGCAGUGACACCAGAGAGACGGGGUCUGUAGGAUGAUGCCUCUCCAAUACCGCGACACAUGGGACAGCCCUAAAAGCUGUUCCGGGGAGCUGAGCGUGAAGGCGUCUUGCUGCCAGUCGCUUGCCACGGCCAGGCGAAAGAUCCCGGCCAGCAGCUCCACCGGGAGCUUCCCAAUCGCUGCAUUGCGAAUUGAAACUUGGUUUUCGGAAGUUGCUAUGGUGGCGGGUACGAGAGUCUCAGAUACGAUAUCACUC